AUGGAUCACCCCUACAGACAACACACUUCUCACCUUGGAAAGGUCACUAAGCAUACAGAGUUCACAAUGAUUUUAUUUCUGCUGGCCACAACGCUGUUGUCCAACCAUUCAUCACAUGGAAACCAGACAGCAGAAACCUCAGCACCACAGGGGUCUCACGUGCUGCCCUCAGCUCUGAUCACCUCUCUGCUCCUCAUUAUCUUCAUCCUGCUCACCGUCUACCUGUUCAGGUUUAGGUGCCAGAGGAAGGAUCUUGUCACCUCAGUUGACAAGAAGAUCCCCAAUGGCUUCCUGGAGGAUCAAGAGCAGACAGUGGUACUCCUCCCCAGAUCCCCCUCUCCAUCAAAGAGAUAUUUUCCCAUCUCACUCGACUGUCUGGAGGAGGAAUAUCGCCUACGCUCUGCUGAUGAUGGCAAACUCUUCAGAGAGGAAUUUAAUUCCUUGCCGUGUGGGUUUGGCCGCGGUUUGUUUGAAGAGGCCAGCAGGGAGGAGAACAGGGAAAAGAACAGAUAUCCUAACAUACUACCCUAUGACCACUCCAGAGUGUUGUUGUCACACAUAGAUGGGAAUGUGUGCUCAGACUACAUUAAUGCCUCUUACAUAGAUGGUUACAGAGAAAAAAAUAAGUUCAUCGCAGCUCAAGGCCCAAAACCGGACACAGUGGCAGACUUCUGGAGGAUGGUGUGGGAGCAGAGAUGUGCUACCAUAGUGAUGUUGACUAACCUCAGAGAGAGAAAAGAGGAGAAGUGUUAUCAGUACUGGCCUGAGCAGGGCUGUUGGCAGUACGGUUUUGUCAGAGUUGCUGUUGAGGAUUUCACGGUCUUGGUGGACUACACCAUUAGGAAGUUCUGUGUACAAUAUCAGGCACCUGAUGGCUAUAGGGCCCCUCGGCUGAUCACUCAGCUCCACUUCACUAGCUGGCCAGAUUUUGGAGUGCCGCUCUCUCCUAUUGGCAUGCUCAAGUUCCUCAAGAAGGUGAAGAGUGUGAACCCCACCCACGCCGGGCCGAUCAUCGUCCACUGCAGUGCUGGGGUGGGCAGGACAGGAACUUUCAUUGUAAUUGAUGCUAUGAUGGAUAUGAUGCAGGCAGAGCAGAGAGUGGAUGUGUUUGGGUUUGUGUCCAGAAUACGAGAUCAGCGCUGUCAGCUUGUUCAGACUGAUAUGCAGUACUCCUUUAUCUACCAGGCCGUACUGGAGCACUAUCUGUAUGGAGACACUGAGUUAGACAUUGCCUCUCUGGAGGGCCACCUGCACAGACUCCACAGCACACACACACACAUGGACCGAGUGGGCUUAGAGGAAGAGUUCAGAAAACUGACAAACGUUCGCAUAAUGAAGGAGAAUAUGAGGACAGGUAAUCUGCCAGCCAAUAUGAGGAAGAACAGAGUGCUCCAGAUCAUUCCAUAUGAUUUUAACAGAGUGAUAUUGUCUGUGAAGAGAGGUCAGGAGUUCACUGAUUACAUUAAUGCAUCCUUCAUAGAUGGUUACAGACAGAGGGAUUAUUUCAUAGCCACUCAGGGACCCCUGACUCACACAGUGCAAGAUUUCUGGCGCAUGGUGUGGGAGUGGAAAUGUCACUCCAUUGUGAUGCUGACUGAACUGAAGGAGAGAGAGCAGGAAAAGUGUGUGCGUUACUGGCCAGCAGAGGGCGCUGUGACCUUUGGAGAGUAUGUUUUAGAAUUGAAGAGAGACACAUUGUGUGAAACCUUCAGUCUCAGAGACCUACUGCUUACAUACACACCUGAAAAACAAACACGAGUGGUCAGGCAUUUCCACUUCCAUGGCUGGCCGGAAAUCGGAAUCCCAUCGGAGGGGAAAGGAAUGAUUGACAUCAUUGCGGCUGUACAGAGACAACAGCAACAGUCAGGAAAUCACCCUAUAGUGGUACACUGCAGCGCCGGGGCUGGUCGGACCGGAACCUUCAUUGCCCUUAGCAACAUUCUUGAGCGGGUCAAAGCUGAGGGUCUGUUAGAUGUGUUCCAGACAGUCAAGAGCUUACGCAUGCAGAGACCUCACAUGGUCCAGACUGUGGAACAGUAUGACUUCUGCUACAAAGUGGUACAAGAUUUUGUGGACAUUUAUUCAGACUAUGCCAAUUUCAAAUGA